AUGGUUGAUUUCGAAGCUAUAAAGCAAUCGAAACCAUACAAAUGGGGUAAAGCCGUACUUGACUUUGCUAUAGCGCAAUGGUUUUUUGUGUUUUUGGCGGUUUUCAUAGCGUUGGCCCAUUCUUUUCCAGAGUUCGCUAAACAGGGAGGUACUAUCAGAGCUGAGUACUCCAUUGGUUACGGUGCUGUCGCUGUGAUUUUCUUGAUCUCAGGUAUGUCCAUGUCGUCCAAAGACUUGAUGAUCAAUGCUCUAAACUGGAGGGCUCAUUUCACAGUUCUUACCACUUCAUUCUUGGUUACCAGCUCGAUCAUUUACGGAAUUGCUACUGGAAUCAAGGCUUCUCAUGAUGGUCAAAUAGACGACUGGUUGCUUGUGGGACUUAUAGUGACCCACUCGUGUCCUACAACAGUGUCGUCCAACGUUGUCAUGACCAAACAGGCACAUGGUAAUGAUAUAUUGACAUUGUGCGAAGUCUUUGUAGGGAACAUCUUGGGUGCUUUCAUAACCCCUGCUCUCUUGCAAUUGUACAUGUCUGGAACCUGGGACUUCGGAAAUCCCAGCCACCAGCCUGAUGGAGAUAGUACCAUCACUCACUUAUAUGCUGAAACUAUGAAGCAGUUGGGAUUAUCUGUAUUCAUUCCCCUAUUCGUAGGUCAAGUCAUUCAGAACGUCUUCCCCAAGCAAUCAAAAUGGACUUUGACGACAUUCAAGUUGAACAAGGUCGGUAGUUUCAUGUUAUUGUUGAUCAUGUACCAGUCAUUCUCAACAGCAUUUGCUCAGGAUGCGUUUACCUCUGUCAGCCAUGCCUCUAUCAUCUUCUUGGUGUUCUUCAACAUUGGAAUCUAUCUCUUCUUCACAGUGUUAACAUACUUCUACGCCAGACCAUACUUCAUUAAAGCUUACUACAAAGAAGAGCCAAAUGAGAACUCAACCAGAUUGUAUACUCUUGGUUACAAGUUCUUUAGACCUUUUUACUACAACAGAAGAGACACAGUUGCCCUUAUGUUGUGUGGACCUGCCAAGACAGCUGCUUUGGGUGUGUCUCUUGUUUCUUCUCAAUAUGGUUCCAACAAUCCAAAGUUGGGUAUAAUUCUUGUUCCUUUAGUGUUAUACCAAUCGGAACAAGUGAUCUCAGCUCAAAUUCUUGUGAAUUUCAUGAGGAAAUGGAUCUACGCUGGUGAUGCUAAACAUGCUGACGAAGAGAACCAAUUGAUCCAAGAACAGGAUAUUAAUAAUUCACAGGACACUACAAACGACUCUCUUGAUGACAGUUCCCAUAAUGUUAUUAGAUCGACCACCUCCAUCUCGGUGGAUUCUCACGAUCAUAAGAGACCGGCUAACAUAGCGACAUUGUAG